CUUUGUUGACAACGUCACCGCGGAGAGAGAGAAGAAAGAUGGCGGCGCCCGCGGCGGUGCAGCGAACGGCGAGCCCACCGACGGAGCACUGUUCGAGCGCGGCGUGCCCAGCCGGCCGAGGCAGCGAGUCGCGGCCGGAGGACUUCGUGCUGGAGUUCCUGGAGAGGGAGCUGGGCGGCGACCUCCAGUGCCGGAAGACUGUCGGCGACCUGCUGACGACACUCCGAGAGGAGAACCGCGUCCUGGAGGAGCAGGUAGUGACCGUAUCCAGCGCUGUGCCUCCCAAAGUCUCGGCAGCUCUGUCGGCGGCCGAGGAGGCGAGAUGUUCCCUGGAGGAGCUGCAGCGGAGAGAGAGACUCGUCUCCAACAUGCUGCACCAGCACCUGCAGGGGGCCCAGCCUUGGAUGGAUAAUCUAGGCCAGAUCCUUAAUCAAGUCGACACCAUCGAGAGACACAUGAAAUACCUGCGCUGCCUUCAACAUAUAGAGGAACUCAGCGCUGCAGUUCAGCAGUGCCUGAUGACCAGUAGCGUCUGGGAGGCCAUAAGGGCCGUGGACAGCAUGGCCGUGCUGGAUGCUGGACUCAACCAGUCGGGAUGUUCCCACCUCCAGGACUUCCUGCGAGAAACACUCCAUUUCUGGCACAAGAUUAUCAAAGACCGACUGGCCAGUGAUUUUGAGAAAGUGUUGACUCAGCUACACUGGCCGAUCAUCUCCCCCCCCACGCAGUCGCUGACGCCCACGGCCAAUUGUCAGGAGAUCGGCAGCCAGCUGGAGCUGCUGGUCACACAGCUGCUCGCCCUGCAGACCUCCGAUGACAUCAUAUCUCAGAGGGCGUUGGCCUCUGGCCGGGCCGUACCCUCUGCCCAGCCUGUGUCUUCAGCCUCGCCUCCGUCCCAAGCCCCUCCCCUCUGCCUGCCCAUCCAGAUCAUGCUGCUGCCGCUCAGCAGGCGAUUCAGAUACCACUUCUACGGCAAUCGACAGACCAACUCCCCCGGCAAGCCGGAGUGGUACCUCACACAGGUUCUGAUGUGGAUGGGGAACAGCUCCACCUUCAUGGAGGAGAAGAUCCAGCCUAUCCUGGACCGAGCUGGGGCCGCCAUCAGUGCCAGGGUGGAGCUGUGUCGGGGCCUCUUGUCUCUGGUGCAGGAGAAGGUGGCCAGCGAUGCCUCCAGGCUGCUGUACGACGACGUGCUCCUCUCUCACCUGGUGGAGGAGGUGCUGCAGUUCGAGAAGGAGCUGCGGAGCAACCAGUCGUACCCGGCGGUGUUGCCCGGUCUGCUCCACCUCCUGCUCGAGGACGCCGUCCUCCAGAAGUGGCUCACUGUGGAGAGGAAGAUGGCGGUGGAGAAGAUGGACGCCAUGCUGUCAGCUGAGGGAGCGUGGAGCUCUCAGUACAAAGAUAUCAGUGACAUGGACGAGCUGAAGGCGCCGGAUUGUGCCGAGACGUUCAUGACUCUGCUGCAGGUCAUCACUGAGCGGUAUCGGGCUCUGCCCUGUCCUGCUGCGCAGCUGAAGUUCCUGGGGCUACAGAGGGAACUGGCGGAUGAUUUCCGCAUUCGACUCACCCAGGUGAUGAAGGAGGAGUCUCGCUGCCCGCUCGGCGCCCGUUACUGCGCCAUCCUCAACGCCGUCAACUACAUUUCCACCAUCCUGGGAGACUGGGGAGACAAUGUGUUCUUCCUACAGCUGCAGCAGGCGGCGGUUUCCCUCGGAGACGAAGCGUUCUUGGGAGACCUCGGGGUGAUGGAGGUGGGACGCCUGGCCUCUCUGGAGGGCUCCCUGUUCGAAGGCCUGCUGGCGCUGCUGGACCGACUGAAAGGAGACAUGAUGGGGAGAAUGCUGGAAUGGACCAUGAGGGAAAUCACAGAGAAAGCCAAACCAUAUUGCCAAGACAGGUGGUUGUCCCUACCAUCCCAGCAUGACCAGUCCACCAUGUCCCUGUCCAGUUCGGCAUGUCCCAUGAUGCUGUGCGUGAGGGACAGACUGUUGCACCUCCAUCAGGUGCUGAGUCUGUCUCUGUUCCAACUAGCCUGGCAGGGCCUGGCGGACAGACUCGACAACCUUCUCUACCAGGAUGUGAUCCUGUCUAAUCACUUCAGCGAGGGCGGAGCGGCACAGCUUCAGUUCGACAUGACCAGGAACCUGUUUCCUCUGUUCGGUCACUACUGCAAAAGACCAGAGAACUUCUUUAAGCAUGUGAAGGAGGCGUGUAUCAUCCUGUGUCUGAACGUAGGCUCCGCGAUCCUGCUGAGGAACCUUCUCAAGGAGUCCGAGGAGGAGACGAGACACUGGGCCAGUGCAGAGGACCCUCCGCCCGAGUCUGCGCUCAACGAGUUGGGGGUUUACUGCCUGGCGCCGUGCGACGUGCUGAUUCUCCUCAACCUCAGAGCCUCCUGGCCCGGACAGUGACAUUUCCCCCCCUGCUCCUCCAAUGUUUGUUAGUGUGGAUUUAAAAGAAAACGUCUCAAUACAUUUGAACCAUCUUUGGAAACAAGACAGGACAAGACAAUGUCUGUCAGUUAAAGGGGCAGUGUGUGAUUCUGCAGAAAGCUUGUUUCUCUCUUUGUUGUUGUUGUGAACUUACUGCUCUGACCGGGCCGUGGACCCGGGUCCUCCGGUAUGAGAGUCAGACACACUAACCACUAGGCCAAAACCGCGGAGUUGCAGCGUCACCCGCCAGCACAUCCCUUGAGGUGUCACAGAGUCGUGUGGAGCGGCCCGCACCAUUUUUUUGUUUUAGAUUUACAGAGCCUGGGCUGAACCGAAACGCCAGAUUUAUUUUGGCGCGCACAGAACUGAGGAAAUAUUUGCUGAUUUUUACAAAACGUGUAUUGCUUUAGAAUCGCUUACUGCCGCUUUAAUGUCAGUCAGGGCUGUUCAGUUAUUGUCAUUAUUGUGUUGCACUUGUACUCGCCGGUCACCUCAGUUGAAGUGUUCAGUACCAUAUCAGAGUAUGGAUAACAACUGUUCUUUGUCUGGUAAAUCAUGUAAUAAACCCAGCAACAGUCUCAUCUUCAA